CAGGGUGAAUUAGAAAAAAAUGGGAAAUCGCAAAAGACAUCAAAAUAUGCCGAUUUAAUCCAUGCUUUACACCAGUGUUGCUGGAUAAAGGAGAUACAGGACGCUCAAAAAAAUAUUACUUGUUCCUGGGAUGUAGCAGUCCUCUUAGAUUGCAAACUCGCUUAGUGUAUAUUGGUUACCUCGAAGAAUUUUAAGAUGUUAGAUAAACUCCCUACGAAAAUUCUUCAGGUGGUCAUAGAACAAAGAUUUUUAAAUCUUGAGGAUUUAAUCAACUUAUCUUCGACAUGUUCGGGUUUACGAAGCUUUAUCUUGCAAAACAAUGUUUUAUGGAAGAAACUGUAUUUGGAAAAGUGGUCCGAAAUAGUGGAAAAUUCCUUCAAAAUAGAAGAUUAUUUUUCGGAAUUUCGUCACGGUUACAAAAUACAUCGAAAUGUCGACGAAAUAUUAAUAAACCUCGCAACGGAAUGUAUCGAUAAAAAGCAACUAUCCGACACAGAUUUCGAAGACUUAAUUCAAAUAAUUGAUUUAAGAUUUUUAAACAGAGAGUAUAUAGAACAUUAUUUAAGACAAAUCUUAAAUGAUCACUCAGAAAUUAAUACCUCAGAAAUUAUUUCUUUAAAAACACCUGGAAAUUUAACACUUAAAUAUUACAGCUUACUAACGUUACAUUAUUUAAGACACGUUCACUUGCAAAAUUAUUGGACCCAAUUUUGUUCCUGCAAAGAAAAAGAUCAACUUUUAGAAAUCGGCGCCACAUUGUUAAAUCAGUGGUUAAACCCCCAAUGUGUUAUAAAAAUCGAAAAUGUUCGAAAUCAAUUCGACGAAAUAACGGAACAAGUUAAAAAUCAUUUAAAAACUACUAAACCGAAUCAUCCGUUAUUUCAAACGAGCGAGGACGAAUUGAAGUCAUGGCGGAAUAAGAACAUUUCUGAGAAUAAGUUUACCUCGUCAGAUUGUUGUGAGAUUUUGGAAGCGAUGAAACACGUUAUUUUCGAAAUUAAUGAUUUUUGUACUAAUGAAUCUAACGUUAUUGAAAAUCAAUUCAUAUCGGAUGUUUUCGAAUCGAAAAGAGGUGGAGAAAUAAGUUUAGCAAUCAUUUAUGAAGGAGUAGCGAGAAGAAUGGGUGUUCAUUUAGACAUAGUGUACACCAAAAAUCAGAAUAUUUUACUAAAACUAACAAAGCACGAUAUGAACGAAGAGGUGUGCUUUGUUAAUGUUUUUGAAGAUGUUUAUAAAGUAGGACGAAUUUAUUCUGAUCCGAUCAUAAGAAUACAUGCAAUUCUUUCACCUAAAUUGGUUAUCAAAAAAAUGAUUGAAGAUAUUUCAUUCAUAUUAACCAAUCGGCUUCAACCUCUGGGUCAAAGGGUCAUUUUAAUCCGUUCAAUUUUAGAACUAAAUCACGUUCUCAACCCCGAUGAUUUUCGCGUUAUCCGUUCGUUGGCACGUUAUUACAUAAAACAUGAUAUAAAUACGACGCCGUUACAACAACUCUUACGAAUUAAAUAUUACUACAAUCCAAAGGACUCGAUCGAUAUUUUAUGUUUACUUGCGAGAGGAAGAGGAAGAAGUUCCGAAGAACGAAAUAAGAGGGUCGCACCACGUUUUCAAGCAAAAUUCGCCGUUGGAAUGGUCAUGAAACAUAAAAAGGAAAACUAUACGUGUCUUAUUUACCAAUGGAAAAAUAUUUUCAUUCGUUAUAAUACAAUUUACGACGUUUUGUUAGGAGAUGGAACCAAGAGAAGCGUGAACGAAGAUGAUUUAAUGUUUAGCGGGGUUGACACUGGUUUGGGAAAUAAUCCGGAAAUUGGAAGAUUCUUUACGCACUUCUUUAAUCAUUAUUAUGUCCCUAAUUCCGCGCAAAAUAAUAAAUUUCCCAGGGAUUCUGAGAUUAGAAUUUCGUACCCUAAGUAACAAUUAGCAACUAACACGUUAAGUUAAGACAUUAUAUGGGUGUUUUAUACGUUGAAAUAAUAAAUAUUUAUUGACA